UUCGUUUUGAACUCUAACCCAGAGCUCAAAACAUAAUUAGUUUAGCCUGCUGUAAUUUUGAAAAGAAGAAAACACACCACCGGAAGUCGUAACGCACCAAACAGAGACAUCUUCUCACCUGUUCUUCAGCCAUGUUUCUAUGGCAAGAAUAUGGUAACGUGUUGUUGUUUUUACAGUAUGCGCUCUAAUUACUGUAACGUUGCGUAGGAAGGAGAGUCUACAGGGUCCGAACACGCCAGGAUGUCCAAUGAUCUCGCCGGCGUGUGGGAGGUGGCGCUGAGCGACGGGGUCCACCGGAUAGAGUUUGAACACGGCACGACCACCGGGAAGAGGGUCAUCUUCGUGGAUGGAAAGGAGCUACUGAGGCGAGACUGGAUGUUCAAACUCGUGGGGAAGGAGACGUUCAACGUGGGCAAGUCUGAGACCAAAGCGACCAUCAACAUCGAUGCGGUCAGUGGCUUCGCCUACGAGUACACCCUGGAGAUCAACGGGAAGAGCCUGAAGAAGUACAUGGAGAACAGGUCGAAGGUCACCAGCACCUGGGUCCUCAACUUGGACGGCAUCGACUGCAGGGUGGUCCUGGAAAAAGACACGAUGGAUGUUUGGUGCAACGGACAAAACAUUGAGACCGCCGGGGAGUUCGUGGACGACGGCACCGAAACGCACUUCACGCUCGGGGACCACAACUGCUGCGUGAAGGCCGUGAGCAGCGGGAAGAGGCGGGACGGCAUCAUUCACGCGCUGCUUGUGGACGGCACCGAGAUAGCCGAGUGCACGGAGUGACCGCGCUGUUAGCACUUUAAGGGUCGUUCUGUCAUCGUUGUAGGCGGGACCUGCGAGUCUGGGCAGUUUCUGAAAAGAGGGUGCAGCCAUAAAUUUCUCUAAAUUAAACUACAAACUGUGACUUUAAAUUGAUGUAAUAGUUUCAGUAAUAUUAUCAGCAUUAGAAGCUAGAUGUGCCAUAUUUCUCCGUCUCGGCCGGGCUCGCCUUGGCCCGUGGUUGUCAACAUGAGCUGCUAGUAUUCUUAAGAGACGUCCUGCGCCUGUUGUUGUAGGAAAAACAACCACAUACCUCCAGAUAACCAGUAAACAGGCUCGCUUCUAUUGUAUAUUCCAAUGUUGCGCAGCGGGAGGAUGAGACACGAGGAAACAAGGGUUAUUUCUUAACUGUAGCUCAGGAGUGGCCGUUGUGUAGUCCCACGUUGACGUUACAUGGUCUUUGUGCGACUAGUUCAGCCAGUUGAUGAUACAGUAGUGUGUAAUUAGCUCUUAGCAGACCGCUAGGCUACAUCGUGUCCCAUCGAAUGGCUGCAGCAGUUUCGUAGACAAUCAUUCAGAAGCAGCGUUAUCAGCGGUAAUAAAUCAUACACACAGCUGAGAUUAAUCACUCGCCGAUAUCCAAACACACUCCGUCACUGUGCUGUCAAAUUAUAUGUUUCGCUUCUUUUUAUAUUAAGGCCAGAUGUUAUGGCUACAAAGAUUUAAAACUUGAAAUCAUGCUCACAGAUUGAAUGUUUUUUUCCAGUGCAUUUCAAAAAGGUUGUUUACAUUCUGAAAAGAGACGUUUACUUUUCAUGGAGCACUGGUAAAACAAAUACAGUUUUGAGCAAUAGAAAAAGUAGACAGUCCAAAGUCAUCCGCUGAUGACAGUGAACAAGCUACUGAAGGGAUCUUAAGUUGUUUCCUAGCUGGUCAAGGAUGAACUUCAAUACUCAGAACAGCUGUUAAUGUGUCAUUAGGUAUGAGGGACUUCCCUAAUGUCUGUCUUAUGUCCCGUUUCAAAGCGUUGUGUUAAUACAUGUAUUUUAUUAUGUCUACCGUCACAGUUGUAAUAUGUAUUUAAAUUUGAUUAAACCCAUCGAGCUGAGCUUCA